CGUAUUGCUGCGCACAAAGAUUCGCUGCUCUCUUAACGUAAGUUACAUCAAAAGCGUUGCGCCUCGCUCAGUCGUUCCGUUUGUUCGCAGGGGUCUAGGAGCGCAUUCACAGUCGCAACAUCCGUAAUAUUUUCAGCGUCGCCUGCGGCAUCGCUCGCGUGGCUACGCUACCAACGUAGCGCUCGGCAUAAUAAUGGCGUCCGUGCGGUAGAUGCACCCCGGUUUGUGAAAAAUGAAGCGGAGGAGAAGUUGUUCUUGUUAAGCACGAGCGGAGGGGGGAAGGCGGUCGUCCUUCAGCGGGUUUCGGCGUCGACAGCGACGUCUUUUCCGGCAGGUUUUCCUUUAACUUCAAGUCCCUGGGACCCCCGACAGGAUGAAGCUGAAAUCCAACCAGACGCGGACAUACGACGGGGACGGCUACAAGAAGAGGGCCGCCUGUCUGUGCUUCAGGAGCGAGAGCGAGGAGGAGGUGCUACUGGUCAGUAGCAGUCGACACCCUGACAAGUGGAUCGUUCCUGGCGGUGGGAUGGAGCCAGAUGAAGAACCAGGAGUCGCCGCAGUCCGGGAAGUGUGUGAAGAGGCCGGCGUCAAGGGAACCCUGGGCCGCUUGGUGGGGGUGUUCGAGAACAGGGACCGCAAACACAGGACGUACGUCUACGUCCUCGUCGUGACAGAGGUCCAGGAUGACUGGGAGGACUCGGUCAACAUUGGCAGGAAGCGGGAAUGGUUCCGGACGGGUGACGCCCAGCGCCUGCUGCAGUGCCACAAGCCCGUACAGGCUUCUUACUUUGAAGCUCUGCAGCAGGGCUGUCUCACAGGCAAUGGGACGCCCCUGGUGGCCACCCUAGGCGGUGACCUGUCAGCGGCCUACAGCAUCAGCCAGAGCUCCGUGUCGGGCAUCAGAUAACGGGCCGGGCGGCCUCCGCCCGCGCUCCUCCGGUCACUCCUGCUCCUGCUGCUCCGACCUCCUUUUCUAUGUCGGCACCCUGGCGAGAGGACCGGCUCACCGGCCUGCAGUGUGGAGCAGAGAGUGUGCGACACUUUGUAAAUGUACCUCCUCCUUUUUAUCGAUAACUGCAUGCCUUCCUCCCCGCCCCAGCGUACGGCUUACUGAAUGCUCACUCUUUUUACUGUCGUGAUGUAAAGUUCUGGUGAUGUAGCUCGUGCUUACGGUGAGCCCCUCCGGGUGCCUUUUUAAAUGUCCUUUUGACCCACCCUGGACUUGGACCUGGUGGGAGAUGUUUUGAUAUCUGCGUGGAUGGAUGUAUGACUCGUUCUGUGUGAGCGUUGGUAUUUAUUUGUUUUACUGUUUGGGUGGUUUGAUCUGAAAGAAUGAAAUUGUCUUGUGUAAAUU